GAGGCCACUCCUGCUGCAGCCCAGCCGGCACCUGCCACUAUGGGGAGAGGGGCCUUACUGGCUAGUCUCUACCAGCAAACAGUCAGAACAGGUUCCUCCCCCAGUCCGCCUCAACCCUCCUCCCCCCAAGCCCCAGGGCAGUAUGGGAAGGCUCCGUCGCCUGUGCGGGGCAGAGGCAUGCUGGGAUUGCAGGACAUCCCAGGGCUGCCCAUGUACGGGCGCGGCAUGGCACAGCAUGCAGAAGCUGCAGUAAGACCGAAGGAGAGGGUGUCCCCACCCGUACCAUCCCCACCCCCAGCCCGGGAACCCACCCCACCCUCACCAGCAGGGCAGCAGGCCUCACCACAGGCACUCGCACAACCCAUGGCCAAACUGUCUGUGGAGGAAAAGAAAGAGCGAUAUAUCCCAGAACCAGGAAAAGUGGGACAGCCCGUGAGAGUGGCCUGUAACUACAUCCCUGUAAGGAGCAAACUGGGUGGACUGUACCAAUAUGCUGUCAGCUACAGCCCACAGAUAGACUCCCGUAACAUGCGAUACGGUAUGCUGUAUGACCACAAGGAUGUCAUCGGAGAUGUGAAGGCCUUUGAUGGGGCCAUCCUGUUCCUGCCGAAAAAGCUGCCUCAACCGGUGACAGUUGUAGAGUCCACGAGGAAAACCGACGGUGCUCUGAUCAAGAUUCGCAUCAGUCUGACAAAGGAGCUCCCCCCGGAUGACAGGCAGUGUCUUACUGUCUACAACAUCAUCUUCAAGAAUGUGAUGCGUGCCCUGGAGUUGAAACGUGUUGGAAGGAACUACUACGAUCCUCUCCACCCCAUCUACAUCAAGCAGCACAACCUCCAAUACUUCUCUGUUGACCUUCAGUGCUGGAUGGUUCUGUUCUUCUCGCGGGACGAGAGCAAAGCGAAUGACUUCAUCACGAUGAUGAAGAAGGUGUGCCCCUCCCUGGGGAUCCGGGUCAACAACCCGCUACAGUUCCGCCUGGAGAACGACCGAACGGAGACCUACCUGCGCAUCAUACGCGAUAACCUCAAGCCUCAGGUGCAGUUGGUGGUGUGUAUAUUCCCCACCUCUCGUGACGAUCGAUACAGCGCUGUCAAGAAACUCUGCUGUGUGGACUCCCCUGUUCCAUCUCAGGUUAUAAAUGCGAAGACGAUCUCUAUGCAGCAGAAGCUCCGGUCGGUGACACAAAAGAUUGCCCUCCAGAUCAACGCUAAGCUGGGGGGCGAGCUUUGGGCGCUGGAGAUCCCAUUGAAAAACAUCAUGGUGAUCGGUAUCGAUGUCUAUCACGAAGCGAAGAAGGGGGUGAGGUCCGUGGCUGGAUUUGUUGCCAGCACAAACCGUGAGCUGACACGCUGGUACUCUCGGACGUGUUUCCAGCUGCCCGGCCAGGAGCUGAUGGACGGCCUGAAGCUCUGCCUCACCGCCGCGCUCAAGAAGUACCACGACGUCAACCACGAACUGCCCGAGAGGAUCUUCAUCUUCAGGGACGGAGUAGGGGAUGGGCAGCUCACCACGGUCGCUGACAGAAUACUUCAGGUGAUUGAGCCUGUCCACCCCCGUGUAGACUCUAGUUGGGCGACCGAGGAGAGUUCCAAGCGCGACCGUGGCGGUUCCCGGCGGCGUUCCAGCGGCAGGGAGCGCGAGGAAGGCGGGACAAGCCCGGGCGGGUCGGCGCACCAUGUGCGUGAAAACGACCGCCAUGACAGUCGUCAGAAGUCGUCUUCUCCGGCUAUGCCGGUUCUCAGCGCUGACGGAAGCCAGCAGGAAGGCGACGGCGAGCAGAAGCAGCCGCCCACGGUUGACCUUCAGUGCUGGAUGGUUCUGUUCUUCUCGCGGGACGAGAGCAAGGUUGACCUGCAGUGCUGGAUGGUUCUGUUCUUCUCGAGAGACGAGAGCAAAGCGAACGACUUCAUCACGAUGAUGAAGAAGGUGUGCCCCUCCCUCGGGAUCCGGGUCAACAACCCGCUGCAGUUCCGCCUGGAGAACGACCGAACGGAAACCUACCUGCGCAUCAUCCGCGAUAACCUCAAGCCUCAGGUGCAGUUGGUAGUGUGUAUAUUCCCCACUUCUCGUGACGAUCGGUACAGCGCUGUCAAGAAACUCUGCUGUGUGGACUCCCCUGUUCCAUCUCAGGUUAUAAAUGCGAAGACCAUCUCUAUGCAGCAGAAGUUGCGUUCUGUGACACAGAAGAUAGCCCUGCAGAUCAACGCCAAGCUGGGGGGCGAGCUUUGGGCGCUGGAGAUCCCAUUGAAAAACAUCAUGGUGAUCGGGAUUGAUGUCUAUCACGAAGCGAAGAAGGGGGUGCGGUCUGUGGCUGGAUUUGUAGCAAGCACCAACCGUGAGCUGACGCGCUGGUACUCGCGGACGUGUUUCCAGCUGCCCGGCCAGGAGCUGAUGGACGGCCUGAAACUCUGCCUCACCGCCGCGCUCAAGAAGUACCACGACGUCAACCACGAACUGCCCGAGAGGAUCUUCAUCUUCAGGGACGGCGUCGGGGAUGGGCAGCUCACCACGGUCGCUGGCUAUGAGGUUGACCAGUUGCGUGAUUGUGCGAGGUACUUCGGUGGGCAAGACUACAAGCCAAAGCUGGCCGUGGUCAUCGUACAGAAACGAAUCAACACUCGCAUCUUUGCUGAAUACAACCGUGGUUCGCUGGACAACCCGAGGCCAGGAACGAUCCUGGACCACACGGUGACGCGGCGUGACUGGUACGACUUCUUCCUGAUCAGUCAGCACGUGCGGCAGGGCACGGUCAGCCCCACUCACUACAUCGUGGUGGCCGACGAGACGGGGCUCAAGCCGGACUACAUGCAGAGGCUGUCCUACAAGCUGACCCACCUGUACUACAACUGGCCCGGUACCGUGCGAGUCCCCGCGCCCUGUCAGUACGCACACAAACUGGCCUACCUCGUUGGACAGAGCAUCCACAAGGAUCCAAGUCUGGACUUGGCUGACAGGCUUUUCUUCCUGUAGGCUCAACACAGAACACAGGCAUUACAGCAAGGGCACAUUUGCUGUUUGUCGUCAUACAAUUCUGAUGUUGUUUGAUUUCGCAGGACACUGUGACUGAAACAAUAGCCGAUAAGAUUCUAAGGCAGCCUUUUUGGUAACGGGAAUUUAGCAUCAUACAUCCAUGUACAUCCACAAGGAUCCAAGUCUGGACCUGGCUGAUAGGCUGUUCUUCCUGUAGACUCACCACAACACACAGGCGUUAUUGUGUGAUAGCAUUCGUCAUAGGUCGUUGUACAAUUUUUGUUGAGAUUGUGACUGAAACAAUCACUAACAAGAUUGUAAGGCAGCCUUUUUGGUAACAAGGCAGCUGGAUUUGGUACAUUUUACACAUGGUGUUGCGAUUUUGAGGGCAUGUAAGUUCCAAGGAGAUUGUGACUGAAACAAUCGCCUACAAGUUUCUAAGGCAACAUUUUUGGCAACUGGGCAGCUGAAUUUGGUAC